AUGGAGGGCGGCUUGGAGAAUGAUGUCGUAAGAAAUAUUUUUGAUUCGUCUGCAGGACGUUCAAUAGACGUGUCAAUUCCAGACCCUUGUUCGGUCGGAAAUCCUGUAACGAUCACGUUCGCCAGGAUCGUGCCCACCGCGAGAGCCCUACUCAUUGAUGUGGCCGAAAAGGGGAUAUCUGUCGAUUGGAAUGCCGGAUCGCUCUCGCAAUAUUCUGCAAGUCGACUUUCACUCUCGACACAGAUGCAGGACGCUGCAUCUAUCCUACUUCCUGAUUACCUCUCCGAGAUUCUAAGCGACUCUAGUAACACUGAUUCUCAUGUAGUCCGUAAUGUGUUGCUGACGCUACUGUUUGCGGGGCGAGAAAAUUAUCUUGGAUGGAGCCUUCAUGCCAUGCUUGCUGAACCAGAUUGGAUGGAUCAACUUAGGGAAGAAACCGCAGCGAACGGAGGCCAUUUGACUGCACCAGCGUUCGAAGAGAUGUCUCGCUAUCACAAACAUCUGACAACUUUCUACGAGACAGUACAGCUUUGGCCCGGAUUCCCUAAGAAUGCACGUCUUGCGUUAUGCGAUGAUAUGCCUCCUGCGUUGCCCAAGCUUGGUCUACCCGCAGUCAAAAUCGAUAAAGGUGAUUACAUCUUGUGGUCAGAUUAUCAUAUGAUGCAGGAUGAAGAAACAUGGCGUUUUACUCCUGGAAGACAUCUUGACUCCAAGGGCCAUUUCGUGAAGCCAGCUCCUCCUCAUUUGAACAGGUUUGGCACAGGACCUCGACUGUGUCCUGCAGCUCAGCUAGCUGCGUAUGAGCUGUUUGUCGUGCUGCUAUGUUGGGUAGCCUAUGUGCUCUUUGUCAAGCCUCGCUUCUCGUCACUGCGCUCAUUACCUGGCCCUCGCAACCCUAGCUUCUUGUAUGGCAACUUGUUCCAAAUCUACCACAAAGGUAAUACGGAACUGCAUGAGGACUGGGUCGAAAGAUAUGGGAGUACAAUUAGGUCUAAAGGAUGGUUCAAUGAAGACCGAUUGUAUACCAUGGACACGAAAGCUCUGGCUCACAUUCUGAACCACCCAAAUAUCUAUCAGAAGCCUAAGAUGGUACAGUUCUUGGUCGCUGAGGUAGUAGAGAAGGGUUUAUUAGCUGUUGAAGGUGAACAUCAUCGCAGACAGAGAAGAAUUGCGAACGCUGCGUUUGGCGCCGCGCAGAUUCGCGAUGUGACUGGAAUUUUUAUAGAGAAGGCCAUUCAGCUACGAGAUAUAUGGAACGAAGAAAUUUCAGUGCUGGGCGAGCGCGCUCGCUUGGACGUUCAUAUCGGGUUGACGAAGAUGACCCUUGACGUUAUUGGCUUAGCUGGAUUCGAUUAUGACCUGUCUGCGUUGAAAGUAGACGAACCUCCUAACGAAUUCAACCAGGCAUUCGCAGCAAUGAUCGGCCCAUCAACGGGGAAACCGUCUAUAUACCCAAUCUUGAGAUACUUUGUUCCUCCUGUUCGCUACCUACCCACUCAACGUCUGGGACGGGUCAAGAAGGCUAAGGCCGCCAUGAGGCGUAUUGGCAUGCAGCUCAUUCAACAAAAGAAGGCCGAGAUUGCGGCCGCGAUGGCGGAUGGGAAUUACUCGAAAAGCUCACGCAGUCGUGACUUGUUAACGGUACUACUCGAGGCUAACCUGACAGAUGAUGUGCCCGAACACCACAGGCUGACCGACGACGAUGUGAUGGCCCAAAUUCCUACGUUUCUCGUGGCGGGACAUGAUACCACGAAUAAUUCAACAGCGUGGGCAUUGUAUGCACUCGGAAAGGCGUCUGCAGUGCAGGACAGACUACGGGCUGAGCUGUUGGAAGUACCUACUGAAACUCCAACUAUGGACGUUCUCAACGCCCUCCCAUAUCUCGAUGCGGUAGUUCGGGAGACACUGCGCCUCUAUGCACCUGUCCCCGCCACACUUCGGACCGCAAUGGAGGACGAUGUAAUACCUCUCAAAGUUCCGUUCAUUGAUACUAGCGGGCAAGUACAGUACAGUAUAAGGAUUAAGAAGGGCACACCACUCGACAUUCCUCUCCUCGCUCUAAACCGGUCCAAAGUGCUGUGGGGUCAAGAUGCGCACCAAUUCAACCCGGAACGAUGGGAAUCUAUUCCCGAGAGUGCUCAGUCCAUCCCGGGCGCGUGGAGCAAUUUGAUGACCUUCAUGAGUGGGCCACAUGCCUGCGUUGGCUAUCGCUUCUCCAUUGUUGAGAUGAAGGCCUUACUCUUCACUCUAAUCCGUGCUUUCGUAUUUGAGCUAGCCGUGCCCGCAGACGACAUCACACAUCGAUCAACCCUCGUGCGGAGACCCGUUGUGCGGAGCGAAAUCAAGAAAGGCCCACAACUCCCAAUGAUCGUAACAAUGUAUAGAGCUAUAUAA